AUGCAAAAUGGUAAAAAGGAGAGGAAGCAAGAAAGAUAUCAGGAGAAACGGCUUUUUGGAAAGCUGAGAACUAAAAGUGUAGACGUGUGCACUGGUCUAGUCUGCAUUCCUCCACUCACAAUUUUGGCCCAUAUCUCUAAAGCUGUUUUUUGUGUCCGCAAUCUAGAAACGUACUCCAGCUCGUUUUAUUUAGUAGAUACUAUUACCCUCAACACAUUUCAUGUUGUUGACUCAGAAGCAGCUCAUGAAAUUGGUCUUCACACUCCCUCGAAGACAAUGAGCAAACGACAAAAGUCAGUACUACACACUGAAUUAAAGCUAUUGCCACCUAUCAAUGACAAAGAUAAAUUUCACUUGUCUGCGAAAGGCAAAUCAAACAAUGCUAGCUGUUACACCAAAUUUUCACCAAAUGCUGUAUUUGCAUUUUGGAUAUAG